CACACCAUGUUUCCUGGACAAGCCAUGUGGACGGAAAAUGAACUGUAAUAAGUCUUCUUCUAACAAGCUUCCCUCAGUUUCCAUUCAUUAUUGAGCUUUAUUUUAUGCGUUUCAGCCCUCUUUUGUUCUUUUGGAGCUGGAGGCCAUUUGCAAACUCCAAUUACCUGGUCUCUUUGAGCUACCAGAUUUUAAACCAAGAUCUGUUAGAAGAAAAAAAAAAUCAGGGUUCAUGCCGAUGGAAAUCGUAAUUAAGCUGAGUUCGGUUUUGAAUCGGAGGAGAUAAUUAGUAUCAAGCUAAAUAAAUCAAUCAAUCAUCAAUCAAGAUGGAAGAAUCUGCAAACUCCGUGCUUUCUUAUUUUUAUUUGGCCUUGAAUGAUCUCUACAAGUUGGUGUGGACUUUCGAUGAUGACACCCGCGCAGAGGUACACAUCAAGCUCCUGAUGGGGAAGCUAAGGUGUCUCAGAACAUUUAUUAUUUGUUCAAGAAGGUUUGGAAACGAGACGCAUCUGAAUAAUGAUGCGGACACAACUUUGGGCUCUCUUCUGGUCAGGAUUGAAGAUGUGGUUUGCAGAAACCACAGGGCUAUCAAAGAUUAUUGUGACUUUCUUUUAUUGGAAGGAGACGAUGAUCCUACCUUUUCGGGGAAGAAAGUUGGUAAAUUUCGACGGGACGUGGAGUCAUUUGAGGAAGAAAUGAAACAAUGGUACACCAGUUUCCCAUAUUAUUACUCGCAGCUGUCAAGUUCCCCAGUUAUGCCCAUUCAAGUCAUUCAUAUUGCUGAUUCCAUCCUGGAGAGUGUAGAGGAUUUCCUUUUCCUCCCUGUAGAUGUUACACAUUUUCCUCCACCACCUGUCGAAGCCUUCAAAGAGAACAUCACAUUCUUGAGGAAUUUCUUCCGGUUUGCCACUCUUCCUGGCGCAGAUGAGCCCCGAGGACUCCAAGAAUUGUUUACUUACGUUGAACCUCUUGCUAUAAAUGCAGCUCAUAUAACAGAAUGUUUGUUUUCAUCACGUAACUAUUACCUGAAACCUUCUCCAAUUCAAGCUUCCAACAUUGAUGGAAUGAUACUGUCAAUUUCUGCUUGGAUGGAAAAAAUCAAACAUUUCGAUUCUCAAGUUUAUGCGACUCACACUCGGGUGCUGGCAAGCUUGAAGCAUUUGAUCAGAGAGUUACCUGUUCCCGCUCUCAACAUAUUUGAUGAUGAUCCCACAUUCAAUAUAAUGGAGAAUUUCCUUGUUUCCCUACUAUAUUGUCUUUCGGAGAUGCUAGAACGGGAUACUGUUCCUGUGGUUUCUAUGAAGAAUCAGUUGCAAGCCUUGUACGAGGCACUAAGAUCCUUGAGACUUAUUCUCAAGGAGCAGCCAAACAUGUUUGUCGAUGUCAAAAUAAGGGAUCUUGGAGUUGUGAUUUGUGAUGUUGGAGUCGUGAUCUUUUCACUUUAUCAUAAAGAAGAUACUGUAAUUGACGUAGGGGUUUCGGAUUUGCUAGAAAAAAUUGGUGUGAUCCAUACAAAGGUUGAAGAGCACGUAUUGGAAACAUCAGAGUUCAACUUUCCUGAGGUGAUCCGGACCAAGGUUGAAGAUCAAGUACCGGAAACAUCAGAGUUCAGCUUUCCCAAGACCAAUGUACUGGGCUUUUUGGAUUUUCUGUUGGACAAUUUGAUGGAAGUGAAAAGUUGCAAGGUUGAUCUAGGUGCCCAAAUGUGCAUACAAAAAAUUGGAGAACAUCUUCUGUUCUUGAGAUCAUUUCUAGGGGUACUUGUGGUGUUGCAAAAUCAACAAGAGGACCUCCAAGCUCUCCAUGAUCUUGCUGUAGAGUUGGCAUUUAAGAUGGAGUUUCUCAUUGACCAAUUAGUGCUUAAAGAUAUUCAGGAGUCUUUUUCAAGUUCAACUACAACCAUCACUGAACAAAUCGAGAUGAUCAAGGCAGAUGCCAUGAAGAUUUUCCAUUGCAGCAGACAACCCAUCCAACUACGGAGACCCACUGCCACGUUAUCUAUGGUGCCAUCAGAGAGUAGUACCAUAGCAGCUGACGAAGUUGUCGGUUUAGAAGCUGAGACAACAUCGAUUAUUGAUCGACUUACAAGAGGGUCGAAGAAGUUGCAGGUUGUUGCCAUUGUGGGCAUGCCUGGCUUGGGAAAGACAACAAUAGCACAAAAAGUUUACAAUCAUCCUUCAGUUAGGCACCAUUUCAAUGUUCAUGCAUCGUGUACUAUUUCUCAAGUAUUCGAAACAAAGGUAGUCGUUCUUAAGCUCUUAACUCAAACUCUCGGAAACCUACCUAAUGGAUAUCUUGAGAUGGAGGAAGGCGAUUUGAUCCAAGAACUUUGGCGUUCUUUGAAACGGCGUAGAUAUCUCAUAUUUGUUGAUGAUGUAUGGGACAGGCAGGCAUUUGAUCGCUUAAUAGGAUCAUUUCCUGAUGAUUCUACUGAAAGUAGGAUUCUCUUGACUAGUCGUAACCAUGAUGUUGCUCCUGAAGCUAUACUCGAUGAAAAGCCUCAUCAUCUCCGUCAGUUCACUGGCAAGGAGAGUUUGGAGUUGCUACGGAGGAAGUUGUUCCCUGGGAAAGAUUGGCCUGCAUCAUUAUAUGAAUUAGGGAUGCAAAUUGCAGAAUGCUGUAAAGGGUUGCCUCUAACAACUGUCAUUGUGGCUGGAAUUUUGUCAAACACAAAGCCAGAGGUUUGGAAUGAAACUCUUGAAAGUAUAAGCGCAGACACCAUCUCUGGUACGGAGGUUUGCAACAAUGCAAUUGAGCUGAGCUAUCAACAUUUACCAGAUCAUUUAAAGCCGUGUCUCCUGUCUUUUGGAUCAUUUCCUGAGGAUCAUGAGGUUUCUGUCAAGAGGUUGAUUUGGUAUUGGGUUGCUGAAGGGUUCGUGCGAAAAGAUAAGUCGAAGAGUUUAGAGAAGGUGGCAAAAGAUUACUUGAAGAAUCUUAUUGGUAGAAGCUUAGUUAUGGAGACACAGAAAAGUUCAAGAGGAGAUGUCAAAACUUGUUGCACGCAUGAUUUGCUUCGUGACUUCUAUUUGAGGAAAGCCAAAGAAGAAAACUUGUUCCAGGAUCUGUUAUCUGUCAAUAAGAAGCCGAGCAACCUCCCAAGAUUGGACAUCGAAUCUUGUAAUUAUCUAAGCACAACAGGGUCCAUUCUAAUUAGUCCUCAUUUCCGUUCCUUAGUUUCCUUUGGUCAGCUCAUUUUUUGGAGUAAUAUAAGCGUUGACAUCUCAUCCAACUUUCGAAUGUUCCAGCGUCUCAAGGUGUUGAAUAUGGAGCAAGUUUGGACUGGCUCUAAGUUUCCUAAGGAAUUAGGACUUCUUGUCCAGUUGAGAUAUUUGGCAAUGGAAACUCAUUAUGAUGUCAGCCCAUCAAUAGGUAACCUCUCUAAUUUACAAACUUUUAUUAUCACGUCGAAUUUCGCGGUACAACUGCCAAAAACAUUAUGGAAUCUGCAAAAACUGAGACAUCUUUGCUCAGGCCACCCGGAAAAGGACCUUAAGUUGCCAAUCGAUAAUCUUGACAGCUCCUCUACAAUGAAUGAUCUAGAUAGUUUAUCAAAUCUUUUGUGUACCGAUUGGGACGUGAUGGAAAAGCAAUUGAGAAAGUUUCCAAACAUCCGUCAUCUAAAGUGCAAGCUCCAUAAAGAGGAGGGCAAUGGAGGCAUGAUCACAAGUAUGGCAUUUGCAUUCCUGAGUUUGCUGGAAUCGCUUACUGUGUCAAUUCAGCCUCUCCCAAGGGAUUCAUUUGUGUUUAUUUUUCCGAAGAAUCUCAAAAAGCUGAGCCUGGAGGGAUGUAAGUUGCUGUGGACACAAAUGAACCCAAUUGCGGAACUGCCUCAUUUGGAGGUACUGAAAUUACUCCAUGAUUCUUUCAUUGGGAAAACAUGGGACGUGGAGGAAGCUCAGUUUCCGAAACUUAGAUUCCUGAAGUUGCAAAGGCUGAUGAUCAUCAAUUGGACAGCUUCGGACGAGGAAUUUCCCAACCUCCAGAAGUUAGUAUUGAAAGAUUGUGGUUGGUUGAAACAGAUUCCUGUUGAUUGCUUACAGAAUGCUCCUUCUCUUGGAGAAAUUGAGGUCUCCGGCAGUAGUCGUCGUCUUGAAGGUUUUGUGGAUGAAAUCCGAGAAACGCAGAUAGACAUGGGGAAUUCGGUUUUCAAGGCCACGGUUCUCAACCUCAGGGAUGAUGAUGAUGAUGAUGAAGAAGAAGAAUACGGCGCCAUCGAGUAUGCCUCCUCCGACUUCGACUUCGCCACCGAUCUGGAAAGGGAUGAAGAUAUUGAAGCCCACUUCUCUUCAGUUUCCUUUUGUGAACCUGAAAUUUGAUUGAAAGAUGGAAAUAUAUUAAUUGAAAUUUGAAUUUUUUAAAAGGAGGCCUUUUCCCAGUCCUACAUUGUGUUUGCUAUGUUACGGUUAUUUGAUAGGGCAUUACGAUUCUGAUUAUCAUUCAUCGUUGUUGAUCGUUUCAACUUUGAAAUGUCCAAUGUUCUGUAUAACAAUGUUCAUUGUGCUCGUAAGUUGGAGGAGAUUCGUAGUAAAUAAUUAAAACAAAGAAAUUAG